CCUAUGGCCAGUCCACCUCUGGUUGGGAUGUUGACAAAUGGGAACAGAGCAGCACCGCUGAGGCGCAGGACUUUAAAUCUGACUCGGUCAGAUCUGGAGCUUUACGACUUUAAACGACGUGUGUUGAAGUCCACACAGAUUUAUUUAUUUUGUCCUUUCGGGACUUUCACGCCCAUUUUGGCCUGUUUUCUUGGACAAUAUCAGUGAUGUCUACCGUCCUAUUUUUCACCAGCGCUGGGGACAGACUGACCCCGAGGAAAACUGUCCCUCAGAAGAACAUGGACAUUUUUCAUUUGCAGAGGCGCAAGAAGAGCUCCGAAACUCGACCGGAGCCCGCAGAUAUUCUCCCUCUACUGAAGCGCUCGAGCACUUGUCGAAAUUUGUUCGGACCGGUUGACCAUGACGAGCUGAAGCGAGAGUUGACCUCCAAACUUCGGGAAAUGUCUGAAUACAAUCAGCUGAGAUGGAACUUUAAUUUCAGUGAAGGAAAGCCGCUGGAUGGGGAUUUCAAAUGGGAGGAAAGUCCAUCUGAAGACUGUCCGGCGUUUUACCGGGAAACUGACGUGUCAAAAGGGCCAUUUAUGGACUUACCCUCAACUGAAAGAUUCGCCCAAGCUGCCCCACACAGUGGGGGUCGCUCCGCUUCUCUGAAGGGUUUGAAGCAAGAGAAUCAGGCAGACAAAUGUAACCCACCACAAUUAUUUCCCAAAACAGUGGUCCGGACGAAAAGACUCACAACUCUGCGCAUUACAGAUUUUUAUGGAAAGCGAAGAAAAAACUGCAGCAGCGUAGGACUGAAGGAAAGCAGAAGUAUGGAGUGAAAAUCGCAUCAGAUGAAGGUAAAAAAGCCAGUCCGCGUCACGCACUAAUGGCGGGAAAAGGCCGGAAGAAACGAUGACGUCAGAGUUCACUGACUCGUGCCUAUUUAUGCUAUUAGUUAUAAUAUCAUGUGAUUCUGGAAUCGCGUUUUUUGUUUCUAUCGGAGAGGCACCGGUUGCUCUUUACAGCGUAAAAACUUAUUAUAUAAGUAACUUUAAAUUAAAGUCAAGACAUGUAUUUAUUUCUGUUGAAUAUAUCUCAGUGUGUAUAUAUUUUUGUAAUGGUUUAAGUUAUUUAUUUUUCACUUGCGGCAUGUUAUUUUCAAAAACAUAGCUUUUUCAUUAUUGUCACAUGAAAAUGAACAAAAUCAUGAUCCUGAGCCAUAUUGUCACUGUUGUAAUGUUGCUGUAAUAAAUGUAUAUGUAAACAUAUUGUGGCUCUUCAUGUUUUUACCUUUUUCAUGUGACGUCAUUGUAUGACUGUGCCGCCGCCGCCAUAUGGACCCUUUCACAUAUUCGGGUUUGGAGCGCAGAAGUAAACUAUAGCAGGGUUAACUUCUAUAGUGGUGAUUGGGCAACCACAGCAAAUAUAAUUUUUACGUUUCCAUUUGCUACAACAGCAAGAGAAAAACUCCACCGCUAAGUUUCCACAACUUUCCAAAAAGGGAAUAAAAUAGAGAGAGAUGGAUGGAUUAUGGCAGCCAGAAGAGAGAAAGAAACACAUUUACUGUCACUUCGUCAGAAGUUGUAUUAGAAACCUUAUCGCAGCUGUUGUUAUUGUUUUGUUUUUUUUACUAAUUCCAUGGUAAUAUAAUACAAAUUGUGUAAUAAUUGCACUAAAAUGUAAUUUAAAAAAAAGUAAUAUAAAAAGUUUGGCUAAAUAAGACAGAAACCAUGGUCUAAGUGAGGGCCGGUCAUUGCCCCUCUAGAUUUUCCUUGUGUCCCCCAAGAAUAUCUAAAUAACAGGCCUACAAGUUUUAUAUCUAUUGACAGAAAUCAAUUACUGCCGUCUAAACAGAAGCAAAUCUCAACUAGUCUCACGUAGAGUCAUUUUCUUUUUUCCACACUCACAACAUCCAUAAACUGUGUAUUUUAUAUCCAUCUGAUUUCAGUGUAAUUGUGACAAAUGCACCUUUCUUAACCUACAGAAAUUCAAACCAUGCAAAACCAUAACAAAUGAUGAAUAUCUAAUAAUCAACCAUUAAAAUGUCGUUAUUGAUCAAGCACUAAUCUGAAAAUUUUGGGGGAAUGUGUCCCAUCGCAAUGACUAUGGUGGUUACAGCACUAUGCACAUAUACUUUUAACCAAAAAGACAGUGAAUCAGGCCCGGCUCCACAGGGGGGCCUGGGUGCCCCAAUCAUGAUCUUGGCCCACCUUGAACUACACCUACACCCACCUCUCCAAAUGUUCGGCCCACCUGGCGGGUCCUAUGCCCCACCUUACAUCUUAGAACUGGAGCCGGGCCUGCAGUAAGUAUGAAGUAAAGACAUUAAAAUUGAUGCAUUAUAGUUUCUGUAUUUUUAAGAACCAAGAAUUAGUUGAAUAUCAAUUCAGGGUUUAGGUUAAAUUAAAACAGCAGUACGUUCCACAAAUGUUUUCUGACCAGUAUCAGUACACCAUACCUUGAGCUAUUGGCACACUGAAAUUAGAUUACUUAUAAACUAGUUCAAAUGUGCUUGUUGAGUGUGAGAGGGCAGAUGUCACCCCUUGUGAGUGCUGGGGUCGCUGGUCUUUCUCACCCAUUCAAAAGCUGCGUAUCCAGCUGGACAACCACCCAAGCAGAUUACAUUUGCUGCCAUGUGACAGGACCUGCUCGAUGAUGUCAGACUGUUGACACACGUGUGACCAAGCAGAAUUUAUGAUGAAUUAGUAACUCAACAGCUGACCAAAUGUCACUAUAUACAAUUUUUCUUUUUUUACUUAAAAUGAAACAUAAAUGACGCGGCGGCAACACUUUUGAGCGAUGAGUCUUGGUGCAUGAAUCGUUUGUUUAAGUGGUUCAUUGAACUGAACCUUCUGAACGAACCGAUUCACUAUCAUGCAUCAUACCUCCUAACGCUACACCUGAAGGGACUCACUAUAAAUGACUCUUUAUCAUCAUCUGCUGGCAGGAGAGAAUGACUUUCAAAGAGC